ACCAUACCAUACCCUAUUACCCUGUCCUAAGACCUCAACUCCUUAAAUAAAUGUCAAAAUUAGACGCAUCUUUCCCCCCCUUGUUUCUCUCUCCUCACUUUGCUGCUGCUACUACGGAGUAAUACUCAAACUCAAAACUCCAGCUCAUAAUUUACGGUACAACUUUCAACUUACCAUAAACAACAGGUGUUCUUCUCUAAUUCCCUUUCCACAUUUAAAAACUCACCAUUAACUUUGAAUCUUUCCUUAAAAAAAUUGUUCUCCAAAUCCCAUUAAAAAUGGAAGUUUUCAAAGGGACUAGCCCUUUAAGAAAAUCCUUCUCCAAAAACUCACCUCCUCCUACAACUUCAACUUUAUCUUCUUCAUCUUCUGCUGCAACUAAAAGUUCAACUAAUAGUAAUAAUAAUAAAAAGAAGAAAAUCUCUGUUGAAGAAGAAGAGCGUCUUGGUUUACUUCAAAGUCGUAACGACCCCAUGUCUACAUCUUUCAACUCUGAUUUCUCCGUUCACAUUGAACCCUCUUCCUCCUCAUCCACCGCCGCCACCACCACUAACGCCACUACUAGUACCGAAAACAACAAAUCUCCGCCACCCAAUGCGGUAGCCGGACUUUGUCCCCCAAUCCUACGUGGGUCCAGCUACGACUUCCAGAACGACGGCGUUCCCACACCGAGAAGUACUGCUGCUAAAAACAAUAACCAAACUAUCAACAACAUUGAAGAAGACGAUGAUUCAUCGUCCGGGGAGUUUGAUUUCCCUAAAGGUGGGGAGUUCGAUUUGGAGAAUCAAGGUUUAUCGCCGGUGAACGAGAGUCCGGUGAAUGAAUACGGGAAGAUGACACCGAGAACACAUCAUCAAACGGUGUCGUUUAAAGAGAGUGAGUUGGUUCAGAGGAGUGGACGGCCUUCUGCUGCUGCUGCUGCAGCGGUAAGCGGAAGAGACGAUGGUGACCAGGUGGUUCAGUGUAGCGGCUCAAACGCGUCGUUUCAGCAGCAGAAGAAAGGGUUGAUGAGGAUGAAGACGAAAUCAAGAUUAAUGGACCCACCUGAGGAUGAUAAAAGAUCUGGGAGGUUGAAUCGUUCUGGGUUUUUAGGGAAAAGCGAGGAGAUUGAAGAAGAUGAUCCAUUUGGUGAGGAUUUACCAGAGGAGUAUAAGAAAGGGAAGUUUGGUUUUUUUACUGUUUUACAGUGGGUUAGUUUAGUGUUAAUAAUUGCUGCUUUGGUUUGUAGUCUUGUGAUUAAGCGUUUUAGGGUAAUUACUAUAUGGGAUAUGCAAUUAUGGAAAUGGGAAGUGAUGGGAUUAGUGUUAAUUUGUGGUGGAUUAGUUUCAGGUUGGUUAAUUCAUCUAGUUGUGUUCUUCAUUGAGCGGAAUUUCUUGCUUCGAAAGCGGGUUUUGUAUUUUGUUUAUGGAUUGAGGAGUUCUGUGCAGAAGUUUUUGUGGUUAGGGUGGGUUUUAUUAGCUUGGAUUUUGAUUUUGGACAAGAAAGUUGAGAAGGAGACUAAAAGUCAAGUGUUGCCUUAUGUAACCAAGAUUUUGAUCUGUUUUAUGGUAGCUACAUUGAUGUGGUUGGUUAAGACAUUGUUGCUUAAGGUUUUAGCUAUGAAUUUCCAUGUUGCGGCAUUCUUUGAUAGGAUUCAGGACGCAUUAUUUAACCAGUAUGUGAUUGAGACUUUGUCUGGACCGCCGUACCUUGAGAUUCAGCGUAUUGCUGAGGAGGAGGAAAGGCUUGUUUCGGAGGUUCAGAAGCUUCAGAAUGCUGGGGUUUAUAUUCCUCCUGAUCUUAGAGCAAAUUGUUUACCCAAUGAGGGGAAGCCGGCAGGGAGUGCAAGGUCGACUGCAAGUGGCUUGCAGAGGAGUCCACGGAUUGGGAAGAGUCCUAGGAGUUCUGUGAUUGGGAAGAGUCCUAGGGCACCGUCUAACUCUAGGAGAGAAGAACAAGAAAAGGAUGAUGGAAUUAGUAUUGACCAUUUGCACCAAUGGAAUCAGAAGAAUGUAUCUGCUUGGAAUAUGAAGAGGUUGAUGAAUAUUGUGCGGAAGGGUGUUCUAUCCACUCUUGAUGAGCAACUUGAUCCGCGCAUGGAGGAAGAUGAAACAGCAUUGCACAUUCGUAGCGAGAAGGAAGCAAAAGCUGGUGCCAAGAGGAUAUUCACUAAUGUAGCUCCACCAGGCUCAAAACAUAUACAAUUGGUGGACUUGACGCGUUUCCUGAGAGAAGAUGAAGCACACAGGACAAUAAAUCUGUUUGAAGGAGCUGCUGAUGGUAGAGGGAUCAGUAAACGGACACUUAAAAACUGGGUGGUGAAUGUGUUUCGAGAAAGGCGGGCUCUUGCGCUCUCUCUCAAUGACACGAAGACAGCUGUAAACAAGCUUCACCAUCUGGUGAAUAUUCUUGUUGGUAUUGCUGUUAUAAUUAUCUGGCUUCUAAUCCUAGGCGUCCCCAUUACUCAUUUCCUGGUCUUUGUGAGCUCCCAAGUUGUUGUACUUGCCUUUAUGUUUGGUAACACCUGCAAGACAACAUUCGAAGCAAUUAUCUUUCUGUUUGUUAUGCAUCCAUUCGAUGUAGGUGACCGUUGUGAAAUUGAUGGAGUUCAGAUGAUUGUGGAAGAGAUGAAUAUAUUGACUACAGUGUUUCUGAGAUAUGACAAUCAAAAAAUCAUUUACCCGAACAGUGUGCUAGCAACCAAGCCUAUCAGUAACUACUACAGAAGUCCAGAUAUGGGAGACGCCAUUGAUUUCUGCGUCCACAUCUCUACUUCGGUAGAAAAAUUGUCUUUGAUGAAGGAAAGAAUAACAAGGUAUAUUGACAACAAGUCGGAUCACUGGUACCCGGCCCCAAUGAUAGUGAUGAGGGAUGUGGAUGACUUAAACAGGAUAAAGUUUUCGCUGUGGGUAUCACAUAGGAUGAAUCAUCAGGACAUGGGAGAGAGAUGGGUGAGGAGAUCAUUUCUUGUCGAGGAGAUGAUCAAGAUCUUCAGAGAUCUUGAUAUCGAGUACCGUAUGUUGCCCAUGGAUGUCAAUGUCAGAAAUUUACCAGCUCUGGUUUCUGAUAGGCUUCCAUCUAACUGGACUGCUACUGGAAGAUGAUCAAGCUUGUGGAACACAGGCCGAGAGAGCAGAUCUGUCAAUACCUUUUGUUUGACAUGCUAUUGAUACAAGGCGGAAAUUGCUGGAAAGGUCGAUGAGGUUUUUAUCAACUCUCCGCUUUUUUCCCGUGGCAACAGUGAGAAGUGGCCUAUAAGUUUAGAAUCUUUAUGUAUAUUAGCAUCCUUUUUGUUUAGGUUUUGUGUCAUUGAUUAGUAGUAUGAUGCUUUCUUGUUCAAUUUAGUACUGGUAAUGUCAUAAUUUAUCUAUGAAUAUCCCAUCAAAAAGUCAUGUUAAAGUCUGUAACUUUGUUGCUUAAUAGUCUUAAUACGAAGUAUUUAAAUUAGUUUAAA